UGUUCAGACGGGAAGAAAGCCCCCAUACUUCCUUAUUUGCAGCUUUAAAAAGCCAGACUCGACUUCAUUCAUUCACACAUCGUUCCCACAUCCUGACCGGUGCUGAAAGCUAAAAAAAUCUCUCAAGAUGAACAAAGCUGUGAUCCUCCUGGUCGCUCUGACUCUCUACUGCUGCAUCCCUGAGCUGCAUGCUUCCAAGUUGGGAUGCCGCUGCAUUAAAACGACCUCUACACGCGUCGCUCUAGGAACCGUGGCCAAGGUGGAAGUGACGCCUCCGUCAGGACGGUGCCGCCGUGCAGAAAGAGUCAUCAUCAAGAAAAAUGGCUCCAAGGUUUGCAUCAGUUCAGACGCCGGAUGGUUCCCAGAGUUUCUCAACAAACUUAACCAGCUGGGCAGAGGCUGCAGACGCUGCUUCUUGUAUUCAACAUAAAUUAUUACAAUAAGGGGAUUAUGAAAACAUCAAUUCAUCCACUGUUUCUCCAACAACCUUCUGAUGAUCAACCUGAACAGGAAGUGCCUCAUCGAACAAAACCUGGACAUAAUUUUAAAAAGCUGAGCCAACGUCAAGUGUAAAAGCCCAAUUUAUUUUUAAGACUGUUUUCAUUAAAUGUUAUUUUAUAGAUUUUUUUAAUUCAGUUUUAAUGUUAUCUUCAACUCCAUGAUUAUGUAAUUUGUUUUAAUUAAAGAAAUAAAGAGCAAAACUAAAUGGCUA